AUAUGAGUUGCGUUCUGCUUACAUCGCCUAAUUAGACACGAUCGGGAUGCUCCUAGCUGCUUCACCCCCAGCUCUUUCUUGCGAUAUCGGACAACAGCAACAUCAAAAGCGUUGUUAUCUCAAUUAUGGGGCACCACCAGCGUCUCUUUAUCUAUUUAUCUCCCACGCUGGCCAUUACCAAAUUCAAUGAGGCUUCUGGGGGUGUCUUGGCGGCCCAGUGACUCCCGACUGGCUGUUGACCCGAGGUCCAACAACCCCAUCGGCCGGAUCCGAUGGAAGGGCAGCCGGCAGGUGGAGAAAAGUCCAACGACGAUCUCAAAUUGUCCAGCGGGGAAGACACACGCCUGCCAGCUUGGCGAUCGAUGCCUGUUCUCUUGCGAUCCUUUGGCUUUGGCACUGCUUCGGUUACAGGAAUCCUAUUCUAGUCCGAAAUGCCCAAGUCCACGCGACAGACGGGCGCCGCCGAUGGCCGACCCAUAUGCAAAUGCUUGGAUGCCUUUUUAUAAAAUGUCCGCACCGGAGACCAGGGUUCAACGGCAAUCUUCUACUGCAUGUCUUAGCCAUGCAACCAUACUUCGGCCUACGCGGCGCUCUUUUGAAUCGCGCCAUCAUCUGGCUGGUCGUCUGCCCGGCCUUUGUGUGCUAUGGAUACAACCAGGGAGUGACGGGGGGUCUCCUCACGCUGGAGUCGUUUGCGGAGACGUUUCCCCAGAUGAACACUUUGACCACCACUGGGGCCCAGCAGCACUACAACUCCACCAUUCAGGGUAGGCACUCUGAUCGCUACUCAUAAAUGCCUCCCAUUCUAACAUUCCACAGGUACGGUGGUCGCUCUGUACACCGUCGGCGGCAUUUUCGGAU